AUGGAUCACGGCGCCGCAGUUCUCGACCCAGCACUACGAAGCGCGGAGCCCUCUAACAAUGACAACAAUGGCAUGAGCGGGACCCCUCAAGGCGCUGCCGGUGCCUACCACGAUGACGAAGCCGCCGCCGCCGCUGGAGCAAGCUCCGAGGGACAGGGACAGGGACAGGGACACCAUCACCAUCAGCACCACCCCGACUCCCCCGAGACGCCUCACUCGGGCCACGACGGCGAGACGCCGCAGCACGAUGCGCUACACGGCGGGAACCACGACGACCCCAAGCGGCCGCGCGCAUGCGAGGCGUGCCGGGGUCUCAAGGUGCGAUGCGAACCCGAUCCGAACGAUACCGAGAGCCCGUGUAAGCGGUGCAAGAAGGCAGGGAGGAACUGUGUUGUGACAAUGCCGACGCGCAAGAGGCAGAAGAAAACGGACUCGAGGGUCGCGGAGCUGGAGAAGAAGAUUGAUGCGUUGACGGCGAGCUUGCAAGCCCGCGGAAGCUCCGCGGCGCCCGGCGCCGCGCCGGCGGUGACGACAACGCCGAGCGCGCAUACGACCUUGCCUACGCCGGGGAGGGACGAGAAUCCAUACAACAAGGGGUGGGGAGGCCAUGGGCUCGCGAGGGAGUGGACUUCGAGUACGGUUGCUGGAACGGGGUUAUCUGUGGAAGGGCUCGAUCCGCAGGAGGCACACGCGGCGGAGAAGGGGCGGUUCGACCACAUUACUUUUCCCGCGCCCUCCGCCGCGGCAGGGCAAAAGAGGAAACACUCGGACCGUGGGGACGAUACGCCGAGCGGCAGCGACAUACCGGAAGGCGGACAGAUCGGGGCCAGGCCGGCGCCGCCGAUCCACAUGGGCAGCGACUACGCCGACGUCGUGGAGCGCGGAAUCCUGAGCGCGGACAAGGCGGCGGAGCUAUUUGAGCGGUACAAUACGCUUAUGGCGCCGCACAUGCCAGCGGUGGUGUUCCCGCGCGACGCGACAGCCGAGGAGACGAGGCGGGCGAAGCCGCUGCUGUUCCUGGCCAUCAUGGCGGCGUCGAGCUCCGAGAGCCCCAACGUGCAGCGGAGGCUGGUCAAGGAGCUGAUGCAGAUCUUUGCCGAGAAGAUUAUCAUCACGGGCGAGAAGAGUCUGGAGAUUGUGCAGGCGCUGCAGGUGGCCGUGAUAUGGUACUGGCCGCCCGAGCACUUUGAGGAGCUAAAGUUCUACCAGCUCGUACACAUUGGCGCCGUGAUGGCGCUGGACAUCGGGCUGGGGAGGCGCACGGCGGGCAGGAAGAUGCAGAUACCGUACCAGUGGCGCAAUCACCCGUUCAAGAGGGCGCCGCCGCCCGACCCGACGACGAGCGAGUGUAGGCGGGCGUGGCUGGCCGCGUACUUCCUGGCGGCGAAUACCUCCAUGGCGCUGCACCGGCCGAACCUGGUGCGGUGGACGAGUUUCAUGGCCGAGUCGAUGCAGGCUCUGCAGACGAGCGCGGACGCGGCGCCGUCGGAUAAGUAUUUCUGUCAUCUUGUGUGGACGCAUCGACUUGCCGAAGAGGUGGGCAUACAAUUCUCCAUGGACGACCCUGCUGUGGUGCCGAAUAUUACGGAUUCGAGGACGCAGUACUCCCUGAGGAUGUUGGAGAGGGAUUUGGAAAAGUAUAGUGCCUCCGUUCCCAAGGAGGAGAUGCAAUGUGAGUUACUAUCCCCCUUUAUACUCACGACGGUUGUAUGA